AUGUGUCGCCGCAGAGGUUUUAUUUUGGUUAGCAUGCUAAUUUUGUUAAAUUUUGUUCAUACGAAAGAAACGGCUCCUGGCGUAGAAAACUUUGAGAAUUAUUUUAAUGAAAUCGACGUCGAAGAUGAACAGGCAGAGGACAAAACUCGUAAUGCAGUGAAUUCGCCUUUACAACGCUGGCCCAGCAAAUUACUGCGCUACAAAAUCUCGUCUGAUUACAGCAAGGACGAAGUGGAUAAUGUUCAUGCAGCACUACGGGUGUUCAAUGAUACUACCUGCUUAAAGUUUAAUGAAUAUGACGAAAUUCGAGAUGGAAACAUACGGUACAUAAACUACAAGAAAUCCCCGGAUAUGUGUGGUACACGCGUUGGGUUUAAUCCAUUAACACCGACAGGGCCACACGAUGUGGUGCUUAAUUCAUAUUGCUUAAGCGAACGCGGCGUAAUUCAGCACGAGACAUUGCAUGUGCUCGGUCUCUAUCACGAACAGAGUCGCCCCGAUCGUAACAAGUAUGUGCAAAUCGAAUAUGCAAAUAUUCCCCAAAAGUACUGGCCACAGUUUAUAGCCUAUCCUGAAAUAUAUACCACGACCUACAACGUCAAGUAUGACUAUGAAAGUCUUAUGCACUAUUCACAGUUUGCUUUCGCUAAGGAUCAGGCCAAACCCUCAAUGCGUGCAAGGAUUGGUAAUACAGUGAUAGAUCGAAAAAUGGGACAAAUUCUGGGACCCUCGGAAGGAGAUUUGACAAAAAUUAAAAUUAUGUACAAAUGCUAA